AUCUCUUCAUCCAGAUAUUGAUAAGCAUCAAUCAUACCCAAAAGAGGGCGCGGCAAUUCUAGGGCUUGGGUUUUUGUUUUUUGGGUCGUUUUCUGUUUGUUGAUUGGAGAUGGAAGGAGCCAGCAAUGGAGGGAUGUUGUACCAUGAGAUUCAGGAGUUGAGGUUUUGCGCGGUGCAUUGCGUCAACACCUUGUUGCAGGGGCCUUUCUUCUCGGAAUUCGAUUUGGCGGCGCUGGCCGCGGAUCUUGAUCGCCAGGAACGCCAGGUGAUGCUCCAGGGUGGCGCCUCUUCCGGUGAUUUCCUUCCCGGGGAAUCUCAUAAUGUUUCGCUGCUAGGCGAUUUCAGCAUCCAGGUUUUACAAAAGGCUUUAGAGGUGUGGGACUUGCAAGUUAUUCCCCUCGACUGCCCAGUUGCCAAGCCUGCUCAAAUUGACCCUGAGCUGGAAAAUGCGUUUAUUUGUCAUUCACACCAUCACUGGUUUUGUGUCAGGAAAGUCAAUGGAGAGUGGUAUAACUUUGACAGCCUCUAUGCAGCCCCUCAGCACUUAUCAAAGUUCUACCUCUCAGCCUAUCUGGAUUCACUGAAGCGAUCUGGUUGGAGCAUUUUUCUGGUAAGGGGGAACUUCCCAAAGGAAUGCCCCCUAUCUCCUAAUGGUUACGGGCAAUGGUUCACCCCUGAUGAUGCUGAUAAGAUAACCAAAUUAUGCUCAAUGGAGACUGCACGCCCAAAGAUCAAUCUGAGCUCAGAGUAUCAUUGUCAGUUAGAUUAUGAUGAGAACUUGAACGCUGCAAUAGCUGCCAGCCUGAUGGAUAGUUUUCCAGCCGUAGGCAGUGUUGAAGCAAGUGCUCCCCAGAAUGAAAAUAAGAAUAGCGAAGACAAAGCUACAUGACAAGAGACAACAUUACAUUCUUCGGGUUUUAUUUUAAUUUGCUGGAUGAGUGACAAUGAUCCGUGUCAAUUUUAGAUGGUUGAACAAACAUCCUUGGCAUGAGAGCGUUGGACUCUGAAAGUCUUGCACACAUUGUUACAUUUUCAAGUAAGAAACCACAGUAAAAAACUUGUUUAAGCUUUACAGCUCAGCUUCAAUUGUCUUUGGUCAUAAAAAAUUCUUUGAACAUUUUUAUGAAGGAUUAUAAAAAUAAAAAAUUGCUUGUUCUUUAUGACAUGGUGUGGUUCUUUAAAGUAGAAAAAUCUGACCCACCGGUGAUUUCAGCUAAGUGACAAUGGCAAAGCCUCAUUGUUGCUGAAAUUAAUGUGUGAAGUGUAGUUUUAAAAUUAUUCAAAAAAAGAUUAAUAUAUGAAUUACACUUUG